AGUUAGGGAAGUAGCCUGGAUGCGCACACUGUUCUAGAACGGCGGAGGAUUCCAACAACAUAGGUGGAUGUACUGAACUAGAUUUUCUGUGAAGGUUUAUCCAGUCACUGGGUGCCUCUGCACCAUGGUGGUUUUAUCCGAUGGCUCUCCCCUGAGCCAGCCAUGCCCCGGGGGGCCGGUUCAGGUCGGUUUCUACGAGAUCAUCAGGACGCUGGGGAAGGGAAACUUCGCUGUAGUUAAACUGGCUUGUCACAAAGUCACAAAAACCCAGGUGGCCAUUAAAAUCAUUGAUAAAAAGAGACUGGAGCCCUCUGACCUGAAGAAGAUCUACAGAGAGGUUGAGGUGAUGAAGCUCCUCAACCAUCCGCACAUUAUCAAGCUCUAUCAGGUCAUGGAAACAAAGGACAUGUUGUACAUGGUGAUGGAGUAUGCCAGGAACGGAGAGAUGUUUGAUUACUUGUUGUCGUCGGGGCGGCUGAGUGAGAGUGAGGCUCGCAGGAAGUUCUGUCAGAUCCUGUCAGCGGUGGACUACUGCCACAGCAACCACAUCGUCCACAGAGACCUGAAAGCUGAGAACCUUCUGCUGGACUCCAACAUGGACAUCAAAGUAGCAGACUUUGGUUUUGGGAACUUCUUCAGUGAAGGACAAUUUCUGUCCACCUGGUGUGGGUCCCCGCCCUACGCCGCUCCAGAGGUGUUUGAGGGGAUUGAGUAUGAGGGGCCUCCUCUAGACAUCUGGAGUCUGGGCGUGGUGCUGUACGUGUUGGUGUGUGGCGUCCUGCCCUUUGACGGCCCCUCCCUCCCCGCGCUCAGACAGAGGGUCCGGGAGGGCCGCUUCAGAAUCCCCUUCUACAUGUCCCAAGACUGUGAGAACCUGGUGCGGAGGAUGUUAGUAAUUGAACCGGCCAAGCGGAUCACGGUGGCCCGGAUCAAGAAGCACCGCUGGAUGAAGUCGGACCCCCCGGCCACGGCAGCCCCUCCAGAGACGCCCCAGCCGACCCCUGCCCCUGAUGCAGAGCCCUGUCUGGGGGAGAAUUACAGCGAGCCGGUACUUGGCCUCAUGCAGACCCUGGGCAUCGACCGGCAGAGGACCAUUGAGUCUCUUCAGAGCAGCAGCUACAACCACUUCUCUGCUAUCUACCGUCUCAUGCUGGAGAAGGUGAAAGAGCUCCGCUCCCUCAGACUGCCCCAGAGCACCGAAAAGGUGACCCCCAACCCUGACCACGACACUCUGCUACCGACCUGCAUUAGUGAUCAGGAUCACCAUGGAAACCAGGGGGAGGAGCCACAGGAAGGGGAGCUGCAAGAGGAGGGAGGGGCAGCAACCCUCUCCUUAGACCCCUCCCACAGACACACUCUGGCUGAGGUCUCUGCCAGCCUCCAGCAGUGCAGCCCAUCUUGUGCUGUGGUAAACUCAUCCGACCAAGCUUCCUCAGAUAGUUUCUCCUCUUCCUCCUCUUCCUUCUCUGCCAGUCCCAGCCUGUCCAGCCCAAUUGAGGACCCCUAUAUGUUACUUGUCACCACUGUGGAUGGCCCUGGGACCUAUAGCCCCACAGAGUCCCCCCUGGCCCUGUCCUCUACCGUGCCCAGCACUGUUGACGGCCCCUAUCAGUUACUGGGCACCACCGGUCAUCUGGCCCUGUCGUCCACCCUGCAGCCCCCUCCCCAGGAUAGCCUCCCCGUACCCAGCUUCCAGGAGGGCCGCCGAGCCUCCGACAUGGACACCGGCGCUCUAACACAAGGUCUGAGGGUGUUCCGCCAGAAGUUGAGGGGGGACGCCAGCGCCAAGGGCCUGCUGGGACUGAACAAGAUGAAGAGCCCCGGGGUCCGGCACGGGUGGUCCCCCCCAGCCUCUGGCCCUGCACCCUGCCCCCCUGCCUGGGGAGGGCGAGACCUGUCCCACUGUGUCCCCACCACACCACUGUCAGAGGAGGGCUUCCAGCAGCAGACAGUGAUCCAGAUUCCACUGUGCCAAUUCCACCCGACCACACCUCUUCCUCCACGCCACCCCACGUCUUCCUCCCCGCCACCACACCUCUUCCUGUCUCCUCCCGUCCCUCCUAACGUUCCCGCUCCUCCUCGUCCUCCCAUUGCCAUGGUGGCGUCGGCUGGCCACCUCUUGGAGACGCACCUCCAUAUCAGCUCUCCUCGGGUUGAGAACCACACCCCACCCUUCUCUGACGCUCCUCACCUCCCUGUUCAGCCCCAGUUCCCCCACCCGAAACCCCAGUCUCAGCCUAAGCUACUGCACCCCCACCCAGAACCCCUGUCUCAACAACUACACCCCCACCCAGACCCCCGGUCUCAACUACUACACCCCCACGUCCACCCCCACAACCACCCAGACCUCAAGACUCAACUAUUGCAGCCUCACCCCCACAACCACCCAGACCCCCAGUCUCAGCUACAGCAACCCCACUCCCACCCCCCCCCCACAACUACCCAGACCCCCAGUCUCAGCUACUGCACCCCCACAACUACCCAGAACCCCAGUCUCAGCUACUGCACCCCCACCCCCACAACUACCCAGACCCCCAGUCUCAGCCUCAGUUACUGUAUUCCCACUCUGACUCCCAGCCUCAGCCAAGGCCCUGGGCCAACCACCGCCUCUAUACCCACUCCCAGACCUCCAGGCGGCCCCAGCUCCAGCGCCAGCCACGUCUGCCUCCAUGCCCAGUAGGGAGAAUGGAUCCUGCGUACGGACCGUAGGAAACACCCAGGACUACAGGCCUAGCAGCUGUUGGACAGCAACGGUCUCAAGGCUAACAUUUGGACUCAGAGAGAGAGACUGGAGAAGUGGAACUGGGCCUCAGACUGAUGUCCCCAAUGACUCAAUGCCACGAUGCUCUGUCAACAGUGGACGUUAAUAAAGAAGGAUGACAUCAGUGGGACCUACUUAGGAUGGACUGUGAGUCCAAUGGUGGAAUGAGCUUCCCCUAAAGCUAGGACAGCAGAGUCCCUGCCCAUCUUCCGAAAACAACUGAAACUCUACCUCUUCAAACAUUGUCUUAAAUAAGACAUUGCACUUCUCUUUUCCUACUAGCACUGCAAACUGUCAUGUCUGUUGUUAUGUGAACUGAAAAUACCAAUAAUUGACCUACUGUGGAGACAGCAGUCUUUUCCAGGAAGCACAACUCCCAGUAUUCUCCUAUUAUCCUAUUAUAAACUCAGUUAAGUGGUAGUUGUUGUCUCCCUGUCGUCUUCCAUAAACUGUCUUUGAUUCAGUGCAGUUGGCAUGAGGAAGACGACUUAAAAUAGGUGUUUUCUCAUGCAGUUUGAAUUCAGACCCGCCUUGUGCCUUUUGAACAAACAAGAAGACUAUUGUAUUGAGUGGACCAGACUCUCUGUAAUACGUUGUUUGUAUUUGUCGAACAUUGUAAAUUGGAUUUGUAGUUGGAUACUUGUUGAUACGUUGUUGGAUCAUUUCUUAAUAACAAAGGAAUUAAAAAAUAUAUUACUGGU